UGCGCGCUCUAAAGCUGAGCUUGAAGCCUUGACUUCUUCACGACGCGCAUGGCAACGCUUCGGAAACACCUUCUGGUUAUUCAUUCGGACCUUUAACUCGCCGUUUCAAUGCGUGGCCGAGCUCACAGAGAACUUUUCCACCAUGAGAAUUCACUGCAAAGUCGUGGCGCUCGCUGUGUCCCUCGGAGUUUUCCUACUUUUCUACUUUUUCGGGGGAAACGCCGCGGACGAGCCGCCGCCGCUUAGCGCGGUCCAGGAACAAGACCGCAAACUUCCCAGUUUUCCAUCUGCGUCUGGAAAACUAGUUUCUGUGGAAGUGUUCAAGCCUCCUGAGAUUCCUAAACAGAUCCGUCCGAGUCGGAAAGAAGGUUACAGAGGAGUCAAUAGCAGCUCUAAGCUUAGGCAAAAGAGUGCACCUGGGCAGUCUGGGGUAAAGGUCCCUCGGGUGGAGGACAUCAUGCACCUUGCUGUGGUUGCUUGUGGAAACAGACUAGAGGAAACUCUUACGAUGGUUAAAUCAGCACUCCUCUUUAGCAUCAAGAAGAUCAAGUUUCACAUCUUUGCAGAGGAAGAGCUUGCAAAACAGUUUGAGAAAGAGCUAAGCCGCUGGCCGCAGCCACUCUCUUCCAAGCUCCAGUAUGCUCUUUAUCCUAUCACCUUUUCCGUGGGGAACGCUGAGGAAUGGAAGAAACUCUUCAAGCCAUGUGCUGCCCAGAGACUCUUCCUUCCAGUCAUCCUGAAAGACGUGGACUCCUUGCUAUACGUGGACACAGAUGUCCUGUUUCUCCGACCAAUGGAUGAUAUCUGGAAAUUCCUAAAGGCCUUCAACAGCACUCAGUUGGCGGCCAUGGCCCCUGAGCACGAGAUUCCUAAAAUCGGCUGGUACAGUCGUUUUGCACGCCACCCGUUCUACGGCGUAACUGGAGUCAACUCCGGUGUCAUGCUGAUGAACCUCACACGCAUUCGCAGCACUCUGUUUAAGAACAGCAUGAUCACUAGUGGCCUGUCAUGGGAGGACCUGCUCCAUCCACUCUACCAGAAAUACAAGAACCACAUCACAUGGGGGGAUCAGGACCUCCUCAACAUUAUUUUCCACUACAAUCCAGAAUGCUUGUAUACAUUUCCGUGUCAAUGGAACUACAGACCUGAUCACUGCAUGUAUGGCAGCAACUGCAAGGGGGCAGAGGAGGAGGGUGUGUCUAUUCUCCAUGGCAACCGUGGCGUUUACCAUGACGACAAGCAGCCAGCAUUUAAAGUGGUGUAUGAUUCUAUACGAAAUUAUCCCGUUGGAGAAAACCUUUUCCAGUCCUUGUUUUCUCCUCUCCAGACCAAAUUCUUGGACACGGUUAACACACUAUGUGGCAGAGUUCCUCAGGUGUUUAUGAAGCAGAUCGAAAAGACCAUGAAGGCCGCAUUCGAGCAAAAAGUGGUCCGGCACGGUCGGCCGCUACGCAGACAGCGUCGCUGAACUGCAGAAGAUGCUGCCGUUUAUUAAAUGACAAGGAGAAAGGCUGAUUCUCCAAAACCGGUGGUGUGUUUUUUUUUUUUUGUUUUUUUUUUUUUUUUUUUUAAUGGAACAUGUGCAAUACCAAGAACGCUGUGUGUUUUCUGGACCAGUGUACUCUGUCUGGAAAGGAUGAAGCAGAACUUCUUGGAUAGACUUUGUUUUAAGCUGUGGUUAUUAUAGAAGAAAUGGCAGCUUGAUGAGGGGGUUGCUCUCCAAAGAACUGAACCAUUUAAUUAUAAGAGCAGUGGGGGAAAACAGUCCAUGAGGUUAAUACCAAGAAAGGUAUUGGGUAUAUGUUGAAUGAAUUUUAACCAGAUUUUUUAUUUUAUUUUAUUAUUUUUUUUUUUUAGAGAAGUUGGUAUGAUAGGAAGUGAUGGAGAUGAUGGUAAAAUAGUAUCGUUUUUCUCUUACACAGCAUAACAGAGUGACAAAUUGCACAUGCUAUAUUGUUCAUUUGACUCUUAUUGAAAACAAUAUUAAGAGAACUGCUGAGCACACACUCGGCAGACAGACAUAUUAAAAAAAGCAAUGCAGGGAGCAUUCUGUGGGUCGGGAGCAGACAUGACCAUGGUGGUGUAGCACUUUGAAUGUGCAGUGUUCCUAUUCAUAGAUAAUGCUUUAGAAGAAAGUAAAUGCCAGUCAGUGUUGCCUGGGGCAGCGUCGUAGAACUGAGUGACUUUAUUGCUUGAUAAUGGGCCACUUUUAUUCAUUUCAGUAGGCAGAUUGCGUUUGCUGUUUACCAGUUUUGUCUCUUUGGAACUAAAAGCAAGGUUUACGUAUCCACCCAGUCUACAACAAAGCCCUGCCCAGGUCAUAAGCCAUAAAUAAUGUGAAAUUUGCAUAAAUUCUUGUGAUCAUAAUGAGGUACAUUUCCAUUUUCUUGACAUAGCAGUAUUAUGUUAUGAUAUAAACCACUAAAAUACAAUAUUGUCUGGUUUAAAAAAAAAAAAGACCCUGCAUGAUUUUGUUUGUAGAGAGUUUUUUGGUGUGAAAUGCAUGUUUUUAAAAUUGGAUACGACACAGAUUUGACCUCUCCUAGGCUUCUACAAGCCGUAAAAUAUGACCAUGAAAUUGCUUUUGGAAACUAAUAUACUGCUAAUGCAGCAGCAAUAUUCCAAGAUUUGUGCUAUUAUUUCCAUCUUGUGGCAAAAAGAGAUAAAGAACUGAAACUUGUUUUUCCGCUCCGUGCUCCUUUCAAGGUUGUGCGAUGUUCUGCAACCACACUCUGAUCAUUAAUCAUCAUUUCCUUGAAGUGUGUUGCAUACAUAAUACACCACAUCAUUGUGUAUGGGGUGUGCAUCUUCAAGCCAAUAUCCUAUUGAGCAUUUCAAAAAUCCUGCCACCACAUCAGGCAAGGAACAUAAAUUAGCAGGCACAAGCCGCUGAGUAAAUAAUGAUUUCGUAUUUACAGCAAUUUUAUGGAGAACAUUACAUUACUCAUUCAAAAUACAUACAAUAACAUGAGGUUGUGAUGCUAAGUUGUUAAUGCUUGUGAGCUUAGUAGAUGCAUUUUGGAGGAAAUUUUCAAAGGUAAAAUAAACCAUCCAUAUUAUGAGUAAGUAUUGAUUAUUAUUAAUAAUAAUUAAUAAAUAACGUGAUCUUCGGUGCCAUCCAGCCUUUUUUUGGUAAUGAAAUUCUGAAUUAAGCUUAUUUUUCUUUCUUUCUUUUAAUUUCUUUGUUCUUUUCUUUUCUUUAUUUCUUUUUAUCAAGAUUUCCUACAUUACCCUCAAUGCCAUUUUGACUACCCGUUGUUAGUGGUACAGUAGGAUCUGUGCAUCCCUCGUGUACAUUUACCCCUUUCUUGUACAUUUGACAUUCCUUGUAAUGAUGCCAUCAUGAACCUUCGCACCUUUCACACAUACAAAAACAGAAAAAAACAUGGACGCUUCCUUGUUCAUCUUUUUUCAGCAACAAGCUAGCCAUCAAACUAUGAUGUAUGAUUGACCUACAUAUUUUCCUCCUCAGAACAGCAAACUGCAUCAUCAGUGUUUAUUGUCAGUUUAACAAGCAAAUGUAUUCAGAGUCUGAAUACUGUAUUAAUCCCUGUGGGGAAAUUGGGUAUUUCUGCAUAAUUCUAAGGUAAGAAGUGAUCGUUGACUUCUGAUGCAGUUCUCCACCAUUUUGUUGUGACUACAUCAUUCCACAACCUAGGAAGGAGCUCAUAGUUGAAAAGUUCAACACAUUGGGAAUUAUCUUCGAAUUACUCUCUACCUAAAGAGCCAUCACUUCCAUUUAAUAUCACCACAAUCUUUAUUUUUUUCCUGUUUAACACAGUUUUAACUGUUCUAGCAGGCUUCACCCAGGAAUAAUGUAAAUGAAGGAACAAUGUUUAAUGUACUGAACACAUCAUUCAUGUGCUCUAAUCAACCAAUCAUGUGACAGCAGCACAAUGUAUAUAGUCAUACAGAUACAACAGCAGAACGCCACAUCAGGUUUCAUUCCUGCCAGCCAAGCACAUAAGGCUAACACGAACUGCACAUUUGAAGUCUGGGGGGAAAGGACUACAAUUAUUCUGUGUCUAUUGUAGUCUCAGCUUUCUGUUUUUGGCUGAUAGUUGUGAAACCUAAUGUGAUCCUAAGCUGUUGUAGCUCAUCCACCUUACGGUUUCUUGGUUUGUGUGUACUGUGGUGCCUUUUUUUUUUAACCACGAUUAUAAAGAGUGAUUAUUUCAGUUUCUGUAUCCUUCUUUGUUGGCUUAAACCAACCUGGCCAUUUUACUCUGAGCUCUCUCAUGAACAAGGUGUUUUCACCAAGAGAACCAUCACUCACUUGAUGUUUUAUUGUUUUUCCACACCAUUCUGUGUUAACAUCUAAUGACUGCUAAAAAUUCCAGAUCAUCAGUUUCUGGUACUAACAAUCAUGCCACAGUCAACCUUACUGACAUUGUUUCUUCAUGCUGAUGGUGGAUGUGAACAUUACCUGAAGCUGUUACCUGAAUCUGCAUGAUUUUAUACUUUGCACUGCUGCCACACAAUUGGCUUAAAUUAGAUAACUGUAUGAACGAAUAGGUUAACAAUAUGUUAACCUAUAAAAUGCUUGGUAAGUGUCUUUACAGGAAGAAUUUUCCUUUAAGUAGUAAUACUUUGUUUGGAAGCGUACAUUUCACAUAAAAUAAAAAAUACACCAAACAGUACAUUUUCCCAGGGACACAGACACUGACCAGAUUAAAUAACCCAGAUAACCUCCAAGACUACAGAAAUGACAAGUCUCUAUAAUACCUUCCUGCUAAAUAUCUUGUGAUAUUUGCUUGCUUGUAUUUCAAUCCUUUAUAUUGAUGAUUAAUUGCUUAUACAUUUUUUUUAUUUGAAAGCCUGAAGAAAUAAAGUAUUGUAAAUAAUAUGUCACAAUAUGACCAUCAGCACAGUGUGAUUUUUCUCAUCUGGGACUGGUUUCCAGCAUCAUCCCACUGCUGAUGAAUUGAACAAUCUGAAAACAUUAAAAAAAGAAUUUUUUGUUUGUAUUUUUUUUUUCUUUUUUGAAAUCAGCG